AUGGCGGAACAGAACAAGGCAAGCAGUGUGCCGACAGUGGUGGUGAUCGGCGCUGGUAUCUUGGGUCUAUCAACGGCCAUCAAGCUGCAGGAGAGCAUCGCAGCUCGCAAGUCCAGUGGAGGAGAUGAUCUACGAGUGCUUUUGGUGUCGCGGGAGUGGCCCUGCUCGAUCCCCGGCUCGCCCUCGAAGCACUCUGCCAACUACGCUUCUAUGUGGGCUGGAGCUCAUGUACGGCCAAUUCCUGCAACGACAGCACAGUUGCGACGUGAAGCCAAUUGGCUGAAAGAGACUGUGACAGAAAUGGGCACCCAGUGUGAAACAGAACCAUGGAGUGGUCUCACCCGCACCAUGGGUAUUGAGCUUUUGGAGUCACCAGACGAUGGGUACCAGAAACAGGACGCCAAUAGCUUUUUCCAAGAGACUGGUCUUGGGCGCUAUAGAAAAUGGUCCGAGUCCGAACUUCCAAAGAAUGUGGUUCUUGGCUUCGAAUAUGAGACGUAUUGUGUAAACACUCCGGUGUACUGCCAGGCACUUCUCCGACGAUUCAUACUUCGCGGUGGCAAGACUCUCAAAAGCGACCUCAAGUCCGAAUGGGAAGCUUUUGGGAUACACAGCAAUGUGGUUUUGGUGAUCAAUGCUAGUGGCACAGGAUUUGGUGACCCCAAGUACUUUCCGACUCGAGGCCAAACAGUCGUCACCAACAUGGAAGAUGCGACCAAGACAGUAACACGCCAAAAUAAAGACGGCACAUGGAGCUUCAUUAUCCCGCGGUUCUUUUCUGGAGGCACCAUUGUCGGUGGCACCAAGCAGCCGGGAAACUGGUCUGUGGAGCCGGACGCAGAUACGCGAGAAACAUUGCUGGCUGGGGGACGAGAGCUUCGCCAGUUUGCCAGUUCCUCUGCGAAUAAAUCGGAAGAUGUUUCCGUCAUUGCAGACGUCGUUGGUCGACGUCCGACGAGAGACGGGGGUAUGCGUAUUGAGCUAGAAAGACGGCCCGUGUCGGGACGGCAGGCUACGGUGCUGCAUGCCUAUGGCGCUGGUGGACGAGGCUAUGAGAUAAGCUGGGGAGUGGCAGGUGAAGUUGCGCAGUUGGCGAGCGAUUUCCUGGCUACAAAACGCUCUCUUGGUUCCAAACUAUAA